AUGUUGAAGCCAACAUGCUCUAACUGCUCUCUUUAUAAUGCUGAGUGUCGGACAAGCCUCAUCCGCCAGAAGCCCGGGGGCCGUGCAAGACGAAGAGUAGGAGCACAGGAAGCUCCCGAAGAGGCUUCUGAGGACACCGAGGGCAUCAAGGCUCGUCUAGAGCGUAUAGAGAAGCUUCUGAAGGAGGCUUCUCAACAGAAAGCGCCCAACACCUCUGCUAAUUCCGAAUCUCCCCACUUUGAGGUGGACAGCCGGAGCAUGGAUUUCAGCGGCACUGACGACCAGAUACACAACUCUACUGCUCCAACAUGGGGAUUUGAUGCUGUGAGGCCAUCUAUAUACUUCGGUCCAGGAGCAGCAGGAACCCCACUGCCACCACUCUACGUAUCGCCUAUUUUUGAUCGGAAGUCCUUUACUCGUAUGGUCAUCGAGUGGUAUAACCAACGAGCAACUCAUAGCCGGGUUGCUUGGGCUGCAAUUCUUGCAGUCAGUUCUCUCGGCUUGCGCGCUUCGCCUUCUGAUAAUUCAUUGUUCAAGGGGCCAUUCACCAACAAAGAAUGCAGUGACUAUUGUUUGAGAAACGCCCAGUCGGUUAUCCCGGAAUUGUUGAUUAGAGAGGAGGAUUUGCUGGGCGUCCAGACCUUGCUCGUCCUGGCCACUCUGUUCCAUCAAGCCUGUGACCAAAGAGCAGCAGGUAAUCUGGCGAGCAUGGCCCUCAGGCUUGCACAUAGGAUGCGCCUUCACUCCAAGCAGUCCACGGAAUUCUUCUCUCCCGAGGAAAUACAGCAAAGAUCAAACGUAUUCUGGGUCGCAUACAUUCUGGACAAGGAUAUUUCCAUGAGGAUGCAAAUGCCAUCUGUGCAAGUUGAUCAGGACAUUGAUGUCUCCCUUCCGCCCAUGAACCCGAUUGGAGUCGAUAAUGAUGCUGGUCUUAUCUGGACGCGUGACCGUACUACUCCUUUCAAUCUUUUCCGCAUGCGUCUUGACCUCGCCCAUAUUCAGGGCAAACUCUAUGAUCUUAUCUACUCCAAUCGCUCUCUCAAGAUCAACGCCAUUGAACGUCAUGCUCGGGUUGAAAGUUUACAAAAGCUGCUGACAGCUUGGAUGGCAAGGAUCCCGGCAGCAUUUCACAUCGAGCACGUGGCCGCAACUGUAGGUGAAAUAGAAGUGACGCACAUGGUCAAGUUUUACCACUCCUAUCUCACCACCAUCACCUUUCUUCAUGGGAUCUAUAGCCAGCAGGCGGAGUGGGUGAAGCGCGUGGGCCCUCAGGCCAGGUACGCGAUCCAAGAUUAUACUCUGGCCAUGUCAGGGCAUGCUGCCGAUUGCCUCUCAGAAUACCUAGACCCGCCGGCAGAGAAAUACUGGUAUCAUUGCGUCGACAUCAGCCGCUUCGCCUUGAAGCUAUUCCAGGAAGUAGAGCAAACAGACUGGCUGGUGUGCGAGAUUUCAACAGUGUCGGUUCAGCUCCUAGACAAAAUCGUGGCUGAGUCUAAUCACGGAGAGAUAUUCGCAUCUCUCCAACACGUUGUGGCUGAUCUAUCCAAGCAUGCGAAAGCCGCGGUAUCAUCUGCUCGGCUUCAACAAACAGCGCCGGAUUCCGAAGGCGUGUUUGGCCAGAGCUUUCAAGAAGAUGACUGGUUUCCCGGGCAAUCAGCGCUCUCCACUUUUGGCAACGGGGAUCAAGCAGAUUUGACGGGCACCUUCAACAUGAAUACUGAGAUAGACCCUUUCUUGCAUGCCGAAUGCGACCAAGGCAGUGCCCGGGUCAAUCUUGAGACCAUACUGUAA